AUGGACAGCAACGAUCUUGGUGGGGACCCAGAGCAGCAGAAAUUCUUCCAUCCUUUGGUAGAAGUCCUGACCAGACAUGCAUUUAGAAAGUUUCUUCCACUUUUUGACGGAGUAUUGUUCGAAAUUGCAGCCAAAACAAUAACCAAAGGAGGCAUUAUGGCUCCAGAAAAAUCUCAAGGAAAAGUAUUGCAAGCAACAGUAGUAGCUGUGGGAUUAGGUUCUAAAGGAAAGGGUGGAGAGAUUCAGCCCAUUAGCAAGAUGGUUGGAGAUAAAGUUCUUCCCCCAGAGUAUGGAGGCACCAAAGCAGUUCUAGAAGACAGGGAUUGUUUCUUAUUUAGAGAUGGUGACAUUCUUGGAAAGUAUGUAGAAACAAAUCACGGUUGA